UAUGGUUCCUGUUCCCGCUGAUGGGUCUGACGCUGGCCGGAGAGGUGGCGGUGCCCAUCUCCGAGCAGGCCGUCGUCAAAUCGGACCGAGUCGGCAAUAACUUCGCCUACUCCAUCCGCCACGAACAGCGCUCUGUCAUUCCCGCCUCCCCCGCGCCUGUCGCCGUCCCGCUCUCCGCUCACCCCGUCAACGUCCCCAACGUCUUCCCUGCCGCCGUGGGGUCCUCUUCAUCCUCAUCUUCCGCCUCAUCCUCCGGCGGGUCCGCCGUCCACCAGUUCAAGAGCGCCUCCUCCAGCAGCAGCGCUGUCUCCAGCGCCUCCAGCACGCAGCAGCAGCAAGCGCACCAACAGGCUGAGCUGUCCCGCGUGCAGCAGCAGCAGGAGCAAGCCCGGAGUCAGUUGAUACAGCAACAGCAACAGGAGCAGGCCCGGACCCAGCUGAUACAGCAGCAGGCGCACCAGCAGGCUGAGCUGUCCCGCGUGCAGCAGCAACAGGAGCAGGCCAGGAACCAGCUGAUUCAACAGCACCAACAGCAGGAGUUGUCCCGCGUUCAGCACGAGCAACAGCAACUCCACGAGCAGCAGCAGCACCUGGCCAGGCAGCAACAUGACCAGCAAGUGAGCCAUCAGCAACAUCAACAGGAGCAGAUCAGGCGGCAGCACGACCAGCAGGUUAGUCACCAGCAACACCAGGAGCUCCAGCGUCAGCAGCAGCAGCAGGUCCAGCAAGUUCAGCAAGUACAGCAACAUCAGCAGCAACAGCAUGAUCAACAAAGUUCCUCGGCCGUCAGCAGCGCCUCCGGAUCCUCGGGCGUGAGCAGCGGCAGCUCCCUGGUGCAAGCCGCCCCCGCGGCCAUCGCUCCCCCGGUGCUCUACCAACCCCUGGCUCUCCAGCCGGCCGCCAGCGUGGAGGUCCUCCAGACGCCGGCCGCCACCGCCGCCGCCCUCCCCGUCUACCCGCCCUACGCGCCCUACGCCCCAGCCCCCGCGGACGUCUACUCGCACCCACCCGCCGCCGUGGGGCUCUUCCACUACCCGGCCGCCCCCCAGACCGCCCUCGUCCAGGGCACCGCCACCGAGGUCGUCCGCGACACCGCUAAGGUCGUCCACCAGCCGCCCACCCUCUUCUUCACCCAGGUCGCCCCUGCUCCGGAGCCCCAGCCCGCCUACGCCGUCUACUCUACCGAGGUACCGCAUUCUUGUGAUGGACUCCAUGAUAAGGUGACCCGUCCCGAGGCCCUGAAGCUCAUCGACGCCUCCGGCCUUAGGUGGUCCGAGUUUCCCACCCAAAAAUGGGCCGAGCUCCCCGCUCAGAAGUGGGCCGACGCUACCGCCCUCAAGUGGAACCAACAGAAGUACGCCGCCGACACCUCCUCGCCCCUCCGCUUCGGUUUCGCCGAGCCCGCCCCCGCCAAGUACGUCAACGACGCCUCCAGCUCCAGCUCCAAGUACGCCGCCUCCGACGCCUCCAGCUCCAGCUCCAAGUACGCCGCCUCCGACGCCUCCAGCGCUAGCUCCAAGUACGCCGCCUCCGACGCCUCCAGCUCCAGCUCCAAGUACGCCGCCUCCGACGCCUCCAAGUACUCUUCAGCCUCUACCGCUUCCACCUCCGGGUCCGGCGUGUCCGCUUCCGGCGUAGCCUCUUCCGGUCUGGACGCCGUCGUGGUGGACAACAAGCUGGCCGACGCCAGGGUCGGGAACGUAGGCCACGUCUCCAACUCCUACGUCAAGUCGGAAUCGGGCAGCCAGGAGGCCGCGUCCUCCGAGGCUACGUCACGGAGGGUAUACUCGGCGGCGCCGGCUUACUACCAACAGGCGUUCUACGACUCCGGCCCGCGGCAAUACUACUCCACCGGGCUCGUCUCAGAGCCGCAGUUCUACGCAGCGCGGAUCUCCCACCAGCCGAUCUACAGCCCAGUUCCCGUCCAGCAGGCGCUGAUUCCCGACUACGCGGCCCAGCUGCGCGGCAUCCCGGUCCCCGCCGCCGCUGCCCAGGUCCGCUACGCCGCCGCCAGGCAGCCAGUCUACGUCACCGGCGUCCACCAGGCCUCCGGACAGUCCACCUCCCACGAGGCCCACUCUGAGGCUCACACCAAGACUGUCUAUUAAUCGGAAUGCCAGCGCCCUUUCAUGACUACCCAAGUAGCAUUUCUCAACGGUUAAAUCGCGAUAUUUUAUAAUUAAGUUGCGAUUUUUUUACAAUUUUUGGCAAUAAAUCGCGAAGACGUCAUCAACAUCUGAGUCAUUAUCCUCGAUGCCCUCGAUCUUGUCGCAAUUUUAUCUCUAUGAAAUCGCGUUCCAUAAGCUUGAAAUUUUAUCUCAAUUUAUCACAAUUGUUUGCUCGAUAAUAUUGCGAUGAAUCGCCGUCGAUAAAAUCACGAUUGCAUUGCAAAUUCGUGCCAUGAAAGUGCAAUUUAUCGCAAUUUUAUAUUCGACACUCUUGCAAUAAAUAGAUGAAAUUGAGGUACGUUGUCCGGUUAAAUCGCAACUCAUCGCGAUCACUGCCACUUGGGUAUCUCAUGGAACUGCUAAAAAAUGUCAACGUAAGGCAAAUUUAACACGAGAAAAAAAAAAGAAAAUAAAUAAAAUGAAGUAAGAGAGAAGUAUCGAAGGCCUCGCUCGAAAACAUCUCAGUUGUGGUGUUUUAAAAUGUCCGCUCAUGGUUUCAUGUUUUUGAUGAGGAGCGAGCCAACUGCACCUAUACUGAAAAAUUUAUUUUUGAGAAAGCUGAGCAGUAAAAUUAUAAUCAGUUGAUGACUUUUAUUAUAGGUGCCUAAGUGCAGUUGUUUCUAGGAAAUAUCUUGCCAUUUUUUCUAAACGUAUUGGUUAAUAUUAUUUUUUAGCGUUACAAUUUAGAAUUAAAUGAGAGGACUCAAAGACUAAAAUCUGUUACUAAGGUAGUGUAGGAAUACCUAGUUUCGUUGAUGGAACAUUUAUUCUUCUUUCACGAAAAGAUAAAGACUGAAAAAUUAACAUUUCCUGAUUCAAUAAAAAAUGGUCUGCUUAAGUUCAAUGUAAAUUAUUUCGCUCUUAAUUUCAAAUGGUCAUAUUCAUGUCUAAUAUUAGGUUGUAGAAAGCCGAUCAAGAAAUACAUUUCCUAGUAAAUUUUAAAUUUACCUAGAUGUACCUAAAUUGAUGGAGUCCUAAAAUUAGAUUUAGUGAUUAUUUUAAAUUUUAGAGUCUAUGCAUAUAUUAUUGAACUGAUACCAUUGGCAGAAUAACAUUUUGGGGAAAAAUUAACUGUGUAAACACAGUUAACACAGUUUAAUGAAACUAAUAUUUACUGCAUUCCCUCAUGUUCCAACCGUUAAACGCUUGAGAAGGUUCCUGAAAAUGGUUCUGAAAUUUCUUCAUUAAAAUGAAGGGUUAGGGGGUUGCACAUUGAAAAAGAAAGUUACUGUAUCCACUAUUUCUUCUAAAAAAAAUUUUGGUUCUUUUAAUAUUUAUUUUCCAACCUUUCCUCUAGCAAUAAAUGCUGCGUUGCAUAAUGUUAAUCACUGAAUCAAUUACCCACUUUCUAUCGGCAAAAAAUGAUCAAACUUAACUCUAUUUUUAUUUUACAAAGGGGCGAGGACAAAUCGUCAAAAUUUCGUAUCCCUUGCAUUUUGGCAAGAAAGUUUAAUUUGAAAGGUAAAUAUUCCGCUAAUUUAAGAGACUGCCAUCAAUUUUGUUUAAAAUGAGUGCAAUUUUAAGUGCAAUAUUUUUCUCUUUUUUCUAAGUAUAUACUAUUGUAUUUUUAUAGAUAGCAAAAAAACUUCUGCACACACGUGUACUAUGCUAUGCAUAUUUGUACAUAGUAAAGCUGACAGAUUGAUAUACAAUUCAA